CGAACCUCCAUCUCCCUCCCAAACAUUUUUUUUUCUCUUUCCCACUUCAGAGCAACCAGCUUCGCCAGCUAAUAACUGCCUUUUCGACCCCUCCUCCACCCUCCUCCUUCCCUAGGUGCGAUUUACAAGAAGCAACUCGCCCCCUGGGCAUUGUACCGAGACAUCGCGCCCGGAAUCUACGUUCCGUAGAAUAAACGAAAAAUCAGGCGACCAUGGGCAAGUCGAGGCGCAACCGAGGCGGCGCCGCCCACCGUCGCGACCCCAUCGCCAAGCAGGUCAAGCCGCCCUCGGACCCCGAGCUGGCCGCCCUGCGCGAGUCCAAGAUCCUGCCCGUCCUUGCCAAUCUCAAGGACGCCGACCCCAAGUCCCGCUCCGCCGCCGCCGCCGCCAUCUCCAACAUCAUCCACGACACCAAGUGCCGGAAGCUGCUCCUUCGCGAGCAGGUCGUCCAUUUGGUCCUCACCCAGACCCUCACCGAUGCCGCCCUCGAGAGCCGCGCCGCCGGCUGGGGCAUCCUGCAGGUCCUCGCCCAGGAGGAGGAGGCCGACUUUUGCGUACAUCUCUUCCGUCAGGAUGUCUUGACAGCCAUCGAGUACGCUGCCAAGAUGGUCAUCGAAAAGCUGCAAUCUACCGCAACGCCCUUCGCCAAGACGCCCAAGGUCGAGCAGGGCUUCGUCGCCAGCAUCGCCGCCUCGCUCGUCUCUCUCCUGACCGCACUCGCCGAGGCCGGCGACGAGGUGCUCGAGGCCAUCUCCGCCAAUGCCACCAUCUCGCAGUUCCUCUUCAUUCUCAUAUCCCACAACGCCCAUGGACAAGAAGACGGCAUAGCCGCCCUCCGCGUCGAUGCCAUGGCCUGCCUCAUGAUUCUGUGCGAGGACAACGCGUCCCUGGCUCAAAAGCUCGUCACCUCCGAGCACGAUCGCUGCCUCAAGGCACUGUUGGCCCUCAAAGACGACGCCAACGCCGAUGGCGUCCUCGCUUGCGCUACCCUUCACAACAUGUUCGCCUCCUUGAGCGGCGUUAAAAAUGCGCCCCAGCUGCCACAGGCAGACGACUCCCUAUUGAUCCCCACCCUCACGAGGGUCAUCACGGCCAUCACUCAAGGCCCAACCGCGACCAACGGCAACGGAUGGUCAAGUCCUGUCGAGCUGCAGCAGCUAGCACUCGAGACCUUGGCCUCCAUCGGCACUACUCUCAACGCUGCCACGGCCGGCCCGGCCCCGCGAAAGGAACGAGAUGACGCACCCAGGGAUGACGAUGAGGACAUGGGCGACGCCGAUGAACACGAAGAUGCGGAGGAAAAGGAGGCUGAAGACGACGAGGACGAUGAAAUGGACCCGGACGAGAUGGAAGCCGACAUGGACAUGGUCACGGGUGUCGACGGGGCUGACGACGAUGACGACGACGACAUCAACGACCUCCCCGUGCUCAAGGCCUUGCUCCAGAGUGCCAUUCCCGAACUCAUCCGUGUCGCCUGCCUCCAGCCCUCGAGCGACGAGUCCAUGCGGCUUCAAGGCCACGCCCUCUCAGCCCUCAACAAUAUAGCCUGGUCCGUCUCCCUCGUCGACUUCUCCGAGGACCAGAACGAGGGCAUUCAAAAGGCCUGGUCCCCCGUCGGCCGCUCUCUCUGGGAGCACGUCAUCUCACCCAUCCUCGCCACCGACACGGCCGACGUCGGCCUCGCCACGCAGGUCACCUCCCUCGCCUGGGCCGUCGCCCGCAGCCUCGGCGGCCGCACGCCUCUCAAGGCCGACGAACACCGCAAGUUCAUCACCCUCUACCAGGCAACAAAGGGCCUCCUUGCCGCCCACCCCGACAACGACGGCGCCGGCGAUGGAGUCGACGACCCUUUCCAGAGCCUCGGCGUCAAGUGUGUCGGCGUCCUCGGCCAGCUCGCCCUCCAUCCCGCGCCCGUUGACCGCAACCGCGAGAUUGGCACCUUCCUCGUCACCCUGCUUGCCGGCCUGCCCGACCCCGCCGCCGCCGGCCCCGCCGCUGUUGUCGGCGCGACGACGCCCCCCGCCGACGCCGUCGAGGCCCUCAAUCAGCUCUUCGACGUCUACGGCGACGAGGCCUACCCCUACGACGCCGACGUCUUCUGGCGCGGCAACUUCCUCUCCCACCUCGAGGCCGCCGUGCCCAAGGCCCGCGCCCUCGCCAAGUCCAUCGACAAGAAGACACACGCCGAGCUGAGGGUCCGCGCCGACGAGGCGUCUCUCAACUUGACCCGCUUCCUGGCCUACAAGAAGAAGCACGCGCCGUGAAAGAGGAGCUGGGCCUUGGCCCCCGUGGCCUCGACGCAAAGGCCGAAAACGAAAUCAUGACUUGUCCAUGAGUACACGUCUGUGUGUGUGUGUGUGCGUGUGUGCAUGUUUGUCACAAGGACAGACAGGAUAAAGGAAAAGGGCUUAUUGGAGAAGACGUUCCCCUUUAGCAAGGGCGCCCUGUAUUCAUGUCAUCACCACGGCGCUAGAUCGGCUUCAUGCACCUGCAAACAGCUAGACAGCACAUAGAUAUCCUCAUCACCUUCUCCCAGCCUCCAUCGUCAGCACCGCUCAAAUACCUUGUACAGCCCCUUCAGGCUGGCCACCUCCAGGACGCCUCCGCUCAUGAGCGACUUUGUCGCCACCAGACGCGCCUUGAACGCCGGAAACAAGAUAUUCUCCACCGCCCACCUGACAUGUUGCCGCCUCGUCCGGACCUCGGCCGGCACAUCUUCCUCCUCUUGCGCGGGCGCCGCCCCGCUCGACGCCGCGGGGAGCUGCUCAGGCACGUAAAACGUCGCCAGCGCCCUCAGAAACGACUCGAAGCAGGCUUUCUCGUCUGCCCAGUCGACGUUGGGUCCGAGCCGCAGGAGAAACUGUGGCAAUUUGGCCACAGAUGGCGUGUACCCCUUGACCAGCAGAGGAAUAGAGACAAGAUCGCCGGCUGGAGAUAUUUCAAGGGAGAAAUAUUCCAGGAGCAUCUCCCUUCUCUCGAUAAGCUGGUUCGCUACCUUGUUCACAAUAGCUU